GCAUUUUAUUUAUUUAUUACAUCAGAUGUGGUGGGAAAAUCAGUGUACUUUUAUUUUAAAAGAAAUGGGAAAAUUGCGUUUUUAUUUCAAUGCAUGUAACGAUAUAAAUAGACAAACCCAUUCCAAACAUCAGAACAUCUAAACUCAUAUAAUGGAGUCCUCAAUCACGCCAUUGAUCUCUACGAGCUAACAAACAAUCAAAGCACGGUCAUAUAUGAAGCAUCACUUUGAUUGACAGCUAUGCUUGCGUGGGCACCACGUGCGCAAUGACCGUAUGACCGCCAGACCCCAGUACUCUUAUUUCGGUAAUUAGCAUCUCUGUGGCCAUAAUGAUCUAUUCUUUGCUACGUUUCUUUGAUGUCUUGCCUGUCUGUUUGCUCUUUGGUUUAUGACUCGAAAAAGCUCGCCGUCAGAAAGGCGCCCCCAACAUGCUGCUUUUCCAGCAGGUCUGUCUUUCCCUCGGGACGCAGUGACAUGAGAGCAGGACCUCGGUUCUGAUUAAGAAGGGGGAUGAACAGCACUCCGCCUGGAUUACGGUUGGUGUGUGGACUUUUAAUCGACGAUUUAACGUUUGUGAAACGUUUCUUACCGUGUGAACGUUUCUCGUGCUGUUUUAGAGGAAACACUACUGGGAAGUCUAGAGAAACUUUCAGUAGGCCUGUUACGUUAGCUGUUAUCAGAGAUGGAUAAUGUAGUACAGAUAUAUGUUAAAAAGAAAAACAGUUUUUAUUUAAACAAUUAUAUAGAUAACUAUAAGUUAUAGGUGUCUGGAAACCCUUCUAAGAACCUCAGAAUCCCGGGAUAUCACUGCUUAACCAGUUUUCAAAUUGUUCAACAAAAGGCUUGAAUUCAAUUGCCUGUUUAAGGAAUUAUGAAUAUAUUUGUUAACCUGUUAAUUGUUGUUUUCCAUUAUGUGAUCUGCUCAGUGAUACAAUUGCAUUUUGUUGCAAUUGUCAGGUUUGCCCUGCUCUAUUGUGAGAUACAAGAGUUGUUUUUUCGCUGACAUAGUUGAAUAGGGAUUAGCCUAUGGGCUGACCACAUGUCCUGUGGCCUUUGUCAGGUUCCUUUUUUUGUUUUUUUUGUUUGUUUUUUUGCACUGAGUGAGUAAAUUGAUGAAGGCACUGUGGGUAAAAGAGACUGCACUGACAAGGGGUUUCUAAAGCGAAAGGUCAUUUUGAGGUUCAGAAUUGCUAUCUGCCUCUGCCCGAAGCCAGAAGACUGGCAAUGAUGGUGACAAGCAACCAUAGAAUGCUGCAGAGCUGUGAAGCCAAAUUAUGUCUUUAAACUACAUCAAAAACUUUUAUGAAGGAUGUCUCAGGCCUCCGACGGUGAUAGGCCAGUUCCACACGCUGUUUUUCGGCUCUGUGCGUACGUUUUUCCUUGGAGUCCUUGGAUUCGCCGUCUAUGGCAAUGAGGCCCUCCACUUCAGCUGUGAUCCGGACAAAAGGGAAUUAAACCUUUACUGUUACAACCAGUUCAGGCCUAUAACACCUCAGGUAUUCUGGGCGUUGCAGCUAGUCUCUGUCUUGGUACCUGGAGCUGUGUUCCAUCUUUAUGCCGCCUGUAAAAAUAUAGACCAGGAGGAGAUCCUUCAGCGACCGAUGUCCACAGUCUUCUACAUCAUCUCUGUCCUGUUGAGAAUAAUUCUGGAAGUCUUAGCAUUUUGGCUUCAGAGCCACCUCUUUGGGUUCCUGGUUGAUCCUAUUUACAUGUGCGACGCCAGUGCCCUCGCGAAGAUCUUCAGCAUCUCAAAGUGUAUGGUCCCUGAACACUUCGAGAAGACUAUCUUCCUCAGUGCGAUGUACACCUUUACCAUCAUCACCAUACUCCUCUGUAUCGCUGAGAUUUUUGAGAUUCUGUUCCGAAGACUUGGCUAUUUAAACCGGCCAGUGUCUUGAGAAUUUAGAAAACGAUGUUUGUUUUUAUGUCUUCUAUGGGUCUCUGAAUGACAGACAGGACAUAAACCCACAUACCUCUGGACUUUCUGAUGGUAGAUACAGAAAGACAUGUUUUUAACUAGACAAUUUAUUAUUAUAUCAUUUAUAUUAUAAUUUUUUAUAUAAUUUAUUAUAUAAUUUAUUGGAAAAAACAAAACAAGCCUAAUUAAUGACAAGGGACUCUUAAUAUUUUUAGUUAUAAGCCUAAAUAAGUUGCUUCUCUAGCAGGGGAAACUUAAAUAUAUUUAUUUUUUUCAUAUAUUAACUUAUGUAAGCUAAUCUAAACCCAGUAUUUAGUAAGUAAUUAAUCUCUGCAAUAUUAUUUCAUAUUUAGAGUUAUACUUUAUAUUGAAAUACUACACAGAUUGCAAGUACUAUUUUGACAAAUAUUCUUUGAUUUAAAUGAUUCAUUCAUUCUUAAAAGGGAAUAAGGAAGAAUAAGUUCAUGCAACAUAGCAUUAAUUUCUAAAAACAUUUUUGAUUGGUCAGUGGUACUGCACAACUUAGUAUUGAUAGUAUAUUCAUCAUGGUGUUGAUUUCCAUAUAGUUUUGAGUCCAUUUGAGAAUUAUCUUGUGUGUUUGUAGUAUUUGUAUCUGUACAUUUCAUCAGGCAUCCAUCCAACUUUUGUUAUUAUUCUCAGCUAAGUGUUUCAUCUCAGGUACAAAAUGGCAUACUGUGAAAUUUAUUUUAGUGUCAGCAGGUAACUAUUUAUUAUAAGAACAUGAUUUAUGCAUUAUAGAAACAUCCGACAGCAGGUCUGGCCUGCACAUCUUCUCACAGUUGCCUUCCCACUGUUUCAACACCACAGCUGUUGGAGUAAUAGCUUUUGUAUUAUGUUUAGAGAGUUCAUCAUUUAUAUUAUUAUUAUCAUUUUAUUUAUUUAUUUUUUUUGAUCACCAGUGUCUAUGGGAUUUAUGAUAUGAUUAUGCAUGAAGAUCUUCAUAUGGGUAACAAAAUUGGUGCAUAUAUUAUGACUGCCAUAAUGUAUUAUCAGUCUAGGGAAAUAUUUAGUGUUAAGUAACUCAUAGUCAGAAUAAACAGAACUGCUUGUGAAUUUACAGGACUCUGUCUGAUACAAUGCUUUCAAAAUGUUUGUGAAGUUUCAAUCAAGUAAAAAUGUUUAAAAUA